AUGGACAUGCUCACAUUGCGCUGCAUUAGAGACUCUAGUUCAGACUCUGAUGAAGAAUUCACAUCAGCAGAAACAUCACAAAGGCUUGCAAAUAAAUUAUUCGUAAAUGAUGAUGAAAUUGACGAAGCUUGGUUAGAAGAUAUUGAGAAAAAGUUCAACAGAUUAUCUCCAGAAGACCAGCAUGAUAUAUGCUAUUGCUUAGUUUCGAGACUUUUAAGAUCAAUUAAAUUUUUAUUACUUGAAAGAAAAGGAGCCGUCAACAUUGUAAUUCAAGAUGAAGGCAAAGAGGAAGAAGAAACCGAAGAAGAUCAAACAGAUCCGCUUGCUGAUUGCGACCAAGUUGAUAUCAGCUUCGAGAAAGGCUUAGAUAUGCUAAAAGAUGAGGACGAAGAAGUGAACAAUAAUCAAAUUAAUAACUGCAAAAGAAACUCAAACAAAUCACAAGAAAUCCAAAAAUUAUCCCGCAGAUUAAAUAAAUGGAGACAACUUGCAAGAGACCGUCUCUCUCAACUAGAAGAGGACAUAGAAUUCAGGAAUAGACUCAUAAAUUCCCUCACAAUCUCAAAUCGUUAA